ACUACUCUAGUUAGGGGGUGCCAGACGCCGCCCGGUGGGCGCUGUAACCCACCCCCGGGGAUUCGCGCUCUCGAGCACACCCCGGCCCCGGAGCGGCCAGAUCUAGAGCUGGCGGCGCGCGCGCUCCCGUUUCCUCGGCCCGGCAGGCCAACCACCGCUACUGUGCGGCGGCCGUUAGAGUCCAACUGCUCUUUAGGCGCGUGCCGCCGCCGCUUCCGCGCACGCCGUGUGCAGCUGCAGGAGGGAGCAGGGAGGGCUCCGUCCCGUUCUCCCCCUCCCCCUCCAGGGUCCUGCCAGCCGUCGCCGUUGCAGCCGGUGGGCGCGGGGAGGCGACAACGAGUCCCCACUGCCGAGCCGCCUCGCGCAGAGACUUUUUACCUUCUCUCGCUUUCCCCUUCGUUACCCACCAUGCUCCGGACUCCGCCGCGCAGUCGGGGAGAGGAGCCCGCGGCUGACCCGAGAGCCUUUCCCCAGCGGAGAUGAGGGAGGCAGCGCCGGGCAGGAGGAGAGGGAGCUGACUAGACCCACGCUCUCCCCAGACCACCAUGAGGGAAGAGAGAGAAGCCGCCGCCGCCGCCUCCCAGCAUGGACCUAGCAAACUCCCCCAGCAGCCGCCGCAGGACGCCAGCGGGGUGGCUGCCCCCUUCGCCCGCCCCGGGAGCGGCCCGGAGAGCCUGCGGAACGGCUAUGUGAAGAGCUGCGUGACUCCCCUGAGGCAGGACCCCCCCAGCGGCUUCCUCUCCCUGCUGCUGCUCCCCGCCGCCUCCCCCCGGGCUCUGCUCAGCCUGGGCGCCCUGGCCGCCUUUGUCCUCUCGCUCCUGCUCUCCUACGGCCGGAGCAGCCCCUGGGGCCAGCAGGGCGAGAACGGCUGGCGGGGCCCCUCGGCGCUGCGCACCCUGCUGGGACUGUCCCACUGCCUCAGCCCCCUCUUCAGCAUCGCCUGUGCCUUCUUCUUCCUCACCUGCUACCUGGCCCGGGACAAGCGCGAGGAGCCCGGCGGCGGCGGCGGCGGCACCAGCCUCUGGUGGCUGCUGGCUCUGCCCCUCUGUUGUUACUCGGGGGACUUCGUGGCGUUGCAGUGGUUGUUACCAGCGGAAGGGCACCGAGACUUGCCGCAGGGCCCCGCCGAGCUGCAGAUGGUGGCAGGCCGGCUGCUGACCGUGCUGGGCUCGGUGGCGGUGCUGACUCUGCUGCAGAGCACCCUGAAGCUCCGCCGAAGCCUCUUGGUCUUGGUCUUCUCCAGCCUGGUCUGGCUGGUCUCGCUCACCAGCCUCAGCUCGCUGCCCCCAAGCCUCAGACCGCUGCUGGCCGGCUCAGUCGGGGUGGCCGGCUGCCUCCUGGCACUGCUGGGUUGGCAGCGCGGCAUCUACUCUGCCCAGAGCCAGGGAGCACAGCACCAGCAUCACCACCCGCGGCUUCCCAGCGUGGAGGAGAAAGUGCCUGUGAUCAGACCCAGGAGGAGGUCUAGCUGUGUGUCCUUAGGAGAAACGCCAGCCAGCUACUACGGCAGCUGCAAAAUGUCCAGGAGACCCUCGUUGCCUUGUAUUUCCAGAGAACAGAUGAUUCUUUGGGACUGGGAUUUGAAACAAUGGUAUAAACCCCAUUAUCAGAAUGCUGGCAGUGGAAGUGGAGUUGAUCUUUCAGUACUAAAUGAGGCUCGCAACGUGGUAUCAGACCUCUUGAUCGAUCCAGCCCUUCCCCCACAUGUGAUUUCUUCCCUUCGAAGCAUUAAUAGUUUGAUGGGUGCUUUCUCUGGCUCAUGCAGGCCAAAGGCUAACCCGUUCACACCAUUUCCUGGCUUUUACCCAUGCCCUGAAAUGGAGGACACAGCUGAAAAAGGAGAUCGAAAGCUGCACAAGGGAUUAAAUAGCAGGAAUAGUUUACCAACACCACAGUUGAGACGAAGUUCAGGAGCGUCUGGCCUGCCACCUAUUGAACAGUCAUCUUCUAGGUGGGAACGCAAUAAUGGCAAGAGACCUCAUCAAGAAUACAAUACUUCAAGCCAAGGAUCCCAUCCAAAUGGGCCUUUCAGUACAAACCUACUGACAAUACCAAAACAAAGAUCAUCUUCAGUGACAUUGACUCAUCAUAUAGGUCCCAGACGAGUUGGUACUUCCCCUAGCCUGAGUCCUAUUGGUUCUAUCUCCAGUGGAUCCCUUGUCAGUCGGUCACCUGUAGAAUUUCCUGAUACUGCUGAUUUUCUUACUAAGCCAAGUGUUAAUUUACAUAAACCUCUGGGAUAUACAUUUAAUUCUCCAGAUUUUCAGCAACAAGUUAAAGCUUCUACAAGCUAUACUUGUAACAGCUGUGGACAUCAACUUCUCAAGCGUAUUUCAACAUCACAGUCAGAAUCUGGUGCAGAAUAUCAAGGCAGAAAAUCAGGUGAAGAUGGAACCACUGGUAUUUCAAAAGAGUCAGUCCACCAUACAGAGGGACGGAAAGAUGAAAGAAAAGAAAGCAGAGACUGCAGAAAAAAGUUGAUAGAAAGUGACAAUCAGCAAAUGGCUCAAACACAGAAUAACCAGCAAUCUGAUAUGGAUCAGGAUCCUUCAUUAGAACUGAUAACAGAAGAUCAUGACUCAUUAAUGGAGAAGAUGAACAAUUGGAAUUUCCAAAUUUUUGAUCUAGUGCAAAACCUGGGAGACAAAUCCGGAAGGAUCCUUAGCCAGGUGACAUACACCUUGUUCCAAGACACUGGCUUGUUUGAAAUUUUCAGAAUUCCAUCACAAGAAUUCUUGAAUUACUUUCGUGCACUAGAAAAUGGCUACCGAGAUAUUCCCUAUCACAAUCGUGUACAUGCCACAGAUGUUCUUCAUGCAGUAUGGUAUCUCACAACACGGCCCAUUCCUGGGUUUCAGCAAAUUCACAGUGAUCAUAUAAUGGAAAGUGACCUGGAUGCAGAGAGUGAUAUUGCCCCUGGUCAAGUCAGUUAUAUUUCUUCAAAGAGCUGCUCUAUUGUUGAUGACAACUAUGGAUGCAUGGCAUCAAACAUUCCUGCCCUGGAGUUGAUGGCUCUGUAUGUAGCAGCUGCCAUGCAUGAUUAUGAUCAUCCAGGUCGUACAAAUGCUUUUCUAGUGGCUACAAAUGCACCUCAGGCUGUGCUCUACAAUGACAGAUCAGUCCUAGAAAACCAUCAUGCUGCUUCUGCAUGGAAUCUCUUUUUAUCUCGACCAGAAUACAAUUUUCUACCUAAUCUUGAUCAUGUGGAAUUCAAACGGUUUCGUUUCUUAGUGAUCGAAGCAAUCCUCGCAACAGAUCUCAAGAAACAUUUUGAUUUCCUUGCUGAAUUUAAUGCCAAGGCCAAUGAUAUAAACAGUCAUGGUAUAGAAUGGAACAAUGAGAAUGACCGCCUGCUAGUUUGUCAAAUAUGCAUCAAAUUGGCAGAUAUUAAUGGCCCAGCAAAAGUUAGAGAUCUGCACCUGAAAUGGACAGAAGGCAUUGUUAAUGAAUUUUAUGAGCAGGGUGAUGAAGAAGCAAGCCUUGGAUUACCUAUUAGCCCCUUCAUGGACCGUUCUUCUCCUCAACUUGCAAAAUUACAAGAAUCUUUUAUUACUCACAUAGUUGGCCCCCUUUGCAAUUCCUGUGAUGCAGCUGGCUUGCUUCCAGGCCGGUGGCUUGAUGAAGAGGAGGAUGAUAUAGAAAGUGUGGAAGAUGAAAAUGGAGAAGAAAUGGAGAGUGAAGAUGAAGAAAUGGAAGAUGAUUUUGGUCAAAAACUACAAAGAAAAAAAGGCAGAAGGCGAAUAUUUUGCCAGCUAAUGCACCAUCUGAGUGAAAAUCACAAAAUAUGGAAGAAUGUGAUUGAAGAAGAAGAAAAAAAUAAAGCUGAAGGGAGUAAACUGCAGCCAGAUAACUCAUCCUUACCUCAAACAGAUGAAAUUCAGGUUAUUGAGGAAGCAGAUGAAGAAGAGGAACGACAGCUAGGAGAGGAGAAAUCAUGUUGAGAAGACUUCAGACUGAUGUACAAUACAAUAGCAGAAAGCAUAUAUUCAGUUUUCACUGUGCUGACUAUAGACUAACACAGUUAACAUGCAGUUGAAAGGCCUUAAUACUGUGAGAGGAUUCUUGCUGCUCUAGCAGAAUCCCACUCCUAUGCACUUUCACCACAUGGAAUAUAAAACUUUAUUCAAAGAUUGAAUACCGUAUACCAUGAUGCAAAGUUCUCCCUGCCCUUCUUGGUAUACAAAUACCUUGAUAUAAUGCUGCCUUGCUGAAUUCAGAGCUCUUAUUUUCCAUGAGGUACCUCCAGUUCUAAAAAAAUUCAGUGACUUCAUUUACCAAAGUGGCCAGAACUUUUUGCUUAUGUGGAAAUGUUGGGUAGAUCCUAAUAAUAUUUUGAGAUUUGUAUUUCAUGUUAUUUUUGAACAUGAAUAUAAAAAGGAAGUCUGUGCCUGUAUGAAAACCAAUAUUAAUGUUGCAGUACAAGCCUGAUUGGGGGUCUUUACUCAGUUCAAUGGUUUACCUAAUGCAGUUAUCUCGGAUUGGUUUAACCUUUUGAUGACUGUGAAACAAAAGCUAAAUUCUAAUUUUUGUGGUUUAAAAAAAUCCCAGGUGCAUCUAUUUCUGAUGCUUUUUACUGUUGUGCAUAAUCUGCCGUUUUAUUUUUGCUGAAAAUAUUCAGGUUUGCAAUGGGUAUUCAUGACAGUUGUUGAAUACAAGGCUCUCAUAAUAUAUUGCCUUGCUGUUCUGUGGUAGAACAUAAAAACUGUUCAAUUAUUUUAAUUAUGAAGGGAUUUUAUUUUUAGUCAAUAAUGCUAUAUGUUCCACUCUUACUCAGGAUUCAUGUUAAAAAAACAUGUUAAUUUACCACACAGCAGAUUUUAUAUAAUUUAAAAUCCUGCACCAAUGUUAGAUGUUAAUUUUUUUGAGGAAAAUAAGAUCAUAAUUCAUUUAUUCUUUGUAUGUAAAACUUCAGGAGAAUUAAAGUUUGGUUUAAAAAAAAAAAAGCUAUUGUUUCAAAAUGGCAAGUGUACAUUUUCCCUGCCCCUAUAAAUCAUGCAUAGAUACAUACCACCAAACAUAGUGUAAACCACUCAUUCUAGAGAUAAACAACUUAAAAACUUUUUACUACUGUUUUGAAAGAACAUGCAUACAUUGAAUAAAGAAUGUAUUACAGUGUUGUCAUUGGAAUAUCACCAUCUCUAUAUGUCCAUAUUUUAGUGCACUUUAAUCUUUUUCAUUUUCCAUAAUACACAUAUCAUGUAUUUCCUUUAGUCAGAUGUAUAUCCUGGCCAGUACAUAUAGAAUGCAGAACAUGACUACUAUGUAUUUGUAAUACCCCACAGCAGUGUAAGUACAGUUACUGUAUUACAGAAUACAUAGGGGUUUAGGUUUUUUAAGUGAGAAGUCUAAACAUUUCACAGAAGUUAUCAGGACAAGUAUCAUUGUAAUGAUAAUUGCGAAGAAACUGCAUAAACUAGUUAGGCUGCAAAUGUGUAAUUUUCUUAUGCAAACAGUAAACUACACUAAUUUUAAAUGAGUACCUUUUAAUACCAAACAAGUCUUUACAUUCUGCACAGUGAAUAAAUCCAGACAUUUGUUUUUUGUCAA